AGUCCCAGCUAGCUGGCAGGGAGCUGUAAGUCAUCAUCUGCAAGCAAGGCAAGGACGGGGAGAGGGAGCGGGACUGCAGGCAGAGACUGCUUUGGAGUAAGUCCUGGGCUACGCACAGAUCGCACAGACUGGGAAAAUCAUUGAUGAGGUCUGUGCACAAGAAAAGAGGCCAGCGUCAUGUCUGUGAUAUACAGCGAAGUUUCGAUAGAUGAAGCCACCAGUGAUAGCUUCUGGAUGCCAAACAACUACAGCAGCACAGUAAAGCGGACGGAAGACGGCUACAAGCUGUGUGAUGAUAUUGUAGCUUGUAUCCAAGACAGAGCCAAGAUAGAGAAGCAGUAUGCUCUACAGAUGGACGAGUGGACACGCAAGUGGAAACCACUUGUAGACAGCAGUCCCAUGUACGGCUCCCUCCUCCGUGCCUGGCAAUCAUUCAUGACAGCCACCGAGCGGCUUAGUGAGUUGCACGUGCAGAUCCAGAAGACCCUGGUGACAGAUGACACCGACAAAAUCCGCAACUGGCAGAAGGAGACUUAUCACCGCAAGAUCUUCGGAGGCUUUAAGGAGUCCUGUGAGCUAGAAAACGGGUUCUACAAGGCUCAAAAACCAUGGGCUAAGAAACUCAAGAAGCUUGAAAAGGCAAAGCUGGCCUAUCACAAGGCCUGUAAGAAGGAACACUUCGCUAGUAUCCGGGAGAACAACGGAAAGGUCAAUCCAGAAUUGUCUCUAGAAAAACAGAAGAAGCAGACAGAGGAAAAUGAAAAGUGCAAGCAGGACAAGGACAAGGUGAAGCAGAGAUAUGACAAAGCCUUACAAGAACUGAACAAAUAUAACCCCAAAUACAUGGAGGAGAUGGAAACUGUGUUUGACCAAAGCCAGCAAUUGGAGCAGAAGAAAAUCCUCUUCCUCAGACAGACCCUGCUAUCUAUACACAAGCACCUCGAUGUGACUAAUAACGAGAGUAUAAUGACGGUAUAUGGUGAUUUGAAUCAGGCAAUUAUGGACGUGAACAAUGUGGAUGAUUUGAAGUGGUGGCGGAACAAACACGGCCCUGGGAUGAUAAUGAACUGGCCCCAGCUGGAGGAGUGGAACCCGCACUUUGAGCAACAGAUCGUGAAAAAGAAAAAAGUAAAAGAGGAGAAGGUGAAGUUAUACAGUGUGACCCCCACAGAAAGCAGCAUGAACAAAGCCCCGGUAAAUGUCCCUGGCAUCCGUGUGCGAGCGGUAUAUGAUUAUUCUGGACAGGAGUCUGAUGAACUCAGCUUUAAAGCAGGUGACGAGCUGACAAAGAUAGAAGAGGAGGAUGAACAGGGCUGGUGUAAAGGGGUGACAGAUCACGGCCAAGUGGGCCUGUACCCUGCUAACUACGUUGAAGUUAUUUCUGGAUAGAGAACUGUUGCUGGAAACCAGUAUGUGACAAUCAGCCCUACAGGGAUAGUGUGAAUCAGACAAACCCAUCAUCCACACAGCCUGCCUGCCGGGCUUAGAAAUGAACAGGGCCGGAAGACAAAGCUGGGGCCGACAACAUUCGUCUGGAUGCCAAAUAAAGUUAUAACAGUAUGGAACUUUUACAGGAAUAUUGUGAACUCCUAAACCCUGGGGGCAAAUGCCCUUUACCCCCAACUAAAAAACUGGUUCUUCCUGACUGUCAUAAAUAGGGAACACCACUGCUUGUUGGGAUAAUCCGUACUGCCAUGUUACCAUUUUACUAUAACUGAAGUGAUAUCACUGAAGUAAGAUAUACUUUGCCCUCCGAUACUUGCUAAACAAUUCAGACAGAUCUCAGGAACCAUCCCCUGCCUGGCUUGGACCACCGUAAUACCCAGCGCGUUUCACCGCUCUGUGGACGAUACAGUAUAGCCGUGUGUGAGUGUGCAGGUCUUGUUUAAUAAAUCAUACCCAAUGCCUUAGGAGGAACUCUUCCCAGGGGGAAACGGAAUGUGUGUUUUUUUUCUAUUUGAUAGGAAUUGCUGUAGCAGUGGGCAGCACAUUAAACAACAUUUAUCUACACAA